AUGAAUCAACGGCUUGUUGGUAUACUGCUUACUUCUACAGUGGGUGCAUUUCUCGGCUCUUUCUUCUCCAACAACAAAAGUAAACCUCAACUAAACUCAAGUACAGUUUCAAUCCCUGAUGAACAACUUGAGACAUUAAUGGAAAAACUUGACAAUGUGGAGAAGUCAACCAAUAGCUUGAAAACUGUUGUUGCCAACUUGGGAGAAAGAAUUCAGAAAAUUCUAAACGCAAAACCGGAAAUAGUCCAAUCAAAUCCUGAAAUUUCAGUAAUUUCAGAAAUACCAAUGAAACCAACAUCUGACAAUUUGACACAAUUUUCGCCAGUUGGUCUCCUUUCAAUUCUCAAGACUCAUUUCACUCUUGGAAAGAGUGUGCUCUUGUGUACUGCUGCUGUUGGAUGUUUCUUUAUUUGGAGAUUUGUAACAAGAAGAAGAAUCAAAUUCUUCAUUGGAGAUGAUUUCAAAGAUGAAAUGAAAUCAGCCAUCAUUCAGCAACUGACAAGAAAUACCUACCUGAAGGCAAGAUUUGAAUUAGUUCAAAAUUCACAGGCAGAUAUCUUUGUUGUGAAUGGAGAUUUGAGUUUGAGGAAUGAUAAUAUUGUUCCAAAAGAUAAGAAUGUCUACUUGUCAAUUUGUAAACAAUCUGAAUGCUCACUCGCACCCAAUGAAGUUAGAAUCAGAAGAUCCAAUUCAAUUAUUUAUCUUGAUUCUGGAUCCAUACAGAAAAUAUUCGACUUAUUGAGAUGAAAUCUUUCUUUAGCAAUUAUAUUAAAAUCAUUAUUUUCAA